UUUAUUUUUAAUGUCGGCUCUGUUGGCUGUUUGUCAGAUGCACUUUCUUGAUAGUGGCUUGUUAUGACUCCUGAAUUAAUUCUGUGCGUUGUACUUUCUCUCUCUCUCAGGUCUAGAAUCUAGAUUUCCUGAAGUGUCUAGAGUUUGCUGAAGUUGACUAGAAUUCCUCUGCAGUCACAGUGACCGUCCCCUAAUGCUUACACAGAUCUACACCAUGUGACUGACAGCCACCAGCUGCCUUCCCUUUGCUUCAUGCAGAUACUAUUAAUAAUGCCUCUCAAUUCUAUCUCAAACAAACAGAUAAACAUAGAUGGCAUACUUAAACACCUUUACACUGAAUUUAAAUAUACACAAGCACAAUUCUCUGCACUUCAACAAAAAAUGUGUGGUAUGAAUAGAAGUGUUUAAAGUGCAUUAUAAUUUUUGUCAAAUCCUUCAUGCAUGCUGCCAGGUGCAAUGCAAGACUAUCCUCUGUGUACGCAAGCAGAAACUCUUGAGUCUCCUUCAGGUGUCACUUAUUUUCCUCUCCAAAGACAUGUCUACUUCUGUCUUGGAUUGAGUGACGCCUUGACAUUUGAUCUAUGCUUCAGAACUUACUUCCUUCACCUUGGGAAUUUAGUUGGAAUGAGAGACCCUAUGUUGUUAAGUAUCUACUCAAUCCCAUUGUAUACAUUAUUCACUGUAUAUUGUAAUUGACUGUUGGGGAAACAUAUACACAGGAUCCACACAUUUCACAUUGGCAGUUGAUCACUUAGCUAAGGCGAUAUAGUUGUCUAGAUAAGCACCAAGACAAAAUCAAUUUAAUCCAAGUAUCCAGAUAAGGAGCUGUCUGCACAUUUGCGCAGCCUAGGAAAAAGCUUAACACACUCUGACAUCUCUGCCCUGUUUACCCCCAGCGAUGGUCAAUGUCUUUGAUGCAACGUGAUUCCCCACCAAUCCCAGAGGUCAGUAAGUAUCAAGGAAAGAUGAUCAGCAGGGAUGCCUGGCAUACUUUCCACCGCCAUGUAGGGUUGGUUCACUCAUUUCAAAACCACUUGUGCUAGAGCUUAUAGUCUAGAAUUUACUACAGGUUGGGAAUCACAACAAGGUGUUAUAUAAACGACAAAGGAUUUGAAUGAGGGAAGGAAUCCCUGGAGGUAAACGAUGUCAGAAAGGAAGCCCUCAGCAAACAAGAACAUUAAAAAGCUGCGUGCCAUAAGCAGGGUGUGCAGCUUAACACGGAGCUGGCAGCAGUGGGUGAGCGAAAAUGAGGAGAAGCAGUCUAGCGAACCCAGCGGAUGGGCUCCAUCUUACCCAGAAGACCCCAAAGAUGCAAGAAAAUAUUCGGUGAAGAUCAGACCUGCUCAGAAGUCUCUUCCUAACCAGGUCCCUACAAAUAAAAACAAGGAUGAUGUGGAGUCACGCAUCAAAACUGGACAAGUGCUGAAAACAGUGACGAGGGAUGUCCAGGAGAAAAGUGUGGGCAUUGACUUUCUGACCAAACGCAUCUGUAAGGACCCGGCCACAGAUGAAGUGGACAAGAUGCUGAGCAAGAAAGGUUCGCCCACGCGCCGCAGGAAGUGCUCCAACAUGGUUUCGGAGCUGACCCGGAGCUGGAAGGAAAUGGAAACGGAGAAAAAGCAGGCUCAGGAGAGCGGUGAGGAUAAUGAGGAGAGAGGCCUGCAGCUGGGAACCAACCAGGAGGACAUAGAGAAUAACAGGACGAAUGAAAAUACUGCGGUCACCAUCAAAAGAUCUUCUGUUCUCGGGGGCAAAAAGGACAUUGAAGAAGCCAACAAAAUAAAUGCCUUGUCAAAAAAAUACAGCGCUGUGGGAAGCUUAAAAAGCCGCUGGCAAAACUGGGCAUCGGAGCAUACCAUCAAUCAGAAGCUCAACCCCUUCAGCGAGGAGUUUGAUUAUGAGUAUUCCAUGUCAACACGGCUGCGGAGGGGUGAGGAGGGCUACGGGAGGCCCAAAGAGGGCAGUAAGACAGCAGAGCGGGCCAAACGUGCAGAGGCACACAUCCACCGCGAGAUAGAUGACAUGUGCUUCAUCAUAAGGACCAUGGCGGACCCGGAUGCAGAUGGCUGCACCAGAGUGACCUUUGGCGAUCUGUUUGACAGAUACGUGCGGAUCUCUGAUAAAGUCGUGGGCAUACUAAUGAGGGCCAGGAAGCAUGGGAAGGUGGCGUUUGAGGGGGAGAUGCUGUGGCAGGGCCGGGAUGAUGCCGUCAUUAUUACUCUGUUAGUAUGACAUGAGACUGACACAAUGUGUUGAUGUCAUUCACUGUAAAAUCAAAUAGUUAACCUUACUGAAAUUGCAUGCAAACUGAUUGCCUUUAAAAAAACACUUGGUUUCAACAAUCAAUUAAUUUUAAGUUAAAUAUAGUGGGUGUAUUUAAUAUAUCUUCCACACAAUUUAAGUUGAGCUAAUUAAUGCAACUUGGAAUUUCUCAGUUUUAUGUACUUGAAUAACAAUCUGAUUUGCUUGUUAAAACCAUGCAAACUGAUUGCCUUAAAAAGACCAAGUAAGUGUUAAUCCAAUAAAUUAAGUGCUUCAAUCAUCCAGCUAGCAAUACAUGUGUAAAAUGUUAAUGUUUACACCCAUCCUCAAUCUAACCACAGCCUCUACUCUCCAGAAACCCUUUUAAAACCAAACAUUAAACACUAACGGUUUAAUCUUGUGCAAAAACAAAUAAAAUAACACUUAAUUUAAACAUUUACACCUAGAGUCUGAAGCAAAGCAUGCUGGGAACUAAAAAAUAUGCUGUAAGUCAAGUCAGUUUUGCCUCUUAUUAUCAGUUAUUGAGUUCACAUAACUUUUUACUGCAAUUAACAUAAUAUACAAAAAGUAUAUUAAUAUAAAAGUGCCCAACCAAAGGAAACACUGAUCACCAUAAUGGUGAUAUAAUUUCACAAUAUAAAUUCAUGCAGUCAACCUCUGUGGUGUUCUUUUGACGUUCAAGUUGACUUGAAAAUAAAUUAAAGAAAAAGAUAACUGCAGAAUGAUUGUCCCGCCUCAAAAUGAUACUCAUACAAAUCAAUUUAUCUUAACUAGGGUUUACUGAGUAACAAAGGCACAGUACACAAAUAAUACAGAUUACUAUAUUUUUACAAUUAAAUCAACAAAUUGUUGUACAUUAAGUAAAGUUAAAUAAAAAAGUGUUCACUUUGACAGUGUUCACUCUGAACUGAAUGUGAAAGAUUUUGCUGCUAUUGAUAAAAUAUUGAAAGGUAAAUCAAUUAUGUUCUACAUGUUCUAUGCGUUUACAGGUACUGUAUACAGUUUAUAAGUUCGCAGUGUUUUGGUAAUGCUUUACAAUAAGGUUGUUAAUGCAUUAACUAACAUGAACUAAUAAUGAGCAAUAUAUUCUUACAGCAUUUUAGUUUGUUAAUGUUAGUUCACAGUGACUAACCCCCUUGUUUUUCGUUGUCAUAUUUGUUACAUUUGUGUGUAUGCAUGUAAAAAGAUGUUUUAUUGACUCAUACUUUGUAAAUAAGAAGCUGCUAAAAGUAAUGAGGUGUUUGGUUUGUUUGUUUCUAAGGAUAUAGAGUAGAUCUGGUAGUGUAUUAUUUGGGAGACUGUCAUACUGUAAAUUAUCCAGAAGAGGGAGCAGUGCACUAACGCUACAGUCCCCCCUUACCAUGUAUUUGCAGUUCUUAUGAAACUGGAUGUGAUCUCUGCAUUUAGUACAUGUUGUACUUUUAAUAAAAUACAAGUAUUUGAGCAAAACAA